AUGAUGUCACUGCUCGCCCAACCGCUGUCGCCUCGGACCAGUAGUACCCUCCUCUACGAUGUCUAUGACAGCGUCGUCGGCACGUCGCAGACUUCAUCGACGUCAACAACCGUCAAGGAUCGACCUUUUGUGUGCGACGAACCUGGCUGCGGCCGUCGGUUCAACCGCAAGUUCACGCUCAGUGAGCACAUGAAGACCCACACGGGCGAAAAGCCCUACGUGUGUCCACUGCCCGAGUGCAGUCGACGCUUUAGCACGUCGGGGAACCUGUCGCGGCACAAGCGUCUACAUGCGUCUCUCAAGCCUUUCGAGUGCGACAUCAAUGGCUGCCAGCGCUCGUUUCCAAACCAGGAGAAACUCGAGCACCAUAUGAAGAUCCACACGGGACGACUGACGCACAUGUGCAGUGCAUUGGGCUGUACCAAGACGUUUAGUACGGCUGGGAACCUCACGCGUCACGUGAAAACCCGUCACCCCGAGCUCGUUCGACAACCUUCUUCCUCGCUGCCCCGCCACCCUCGUCCCGCGUAUCACCAUCGCCCCGUGGCGCAUCACAUUCGGAUCCCUUCGCCUCAUCUGACGACGACCAUUGAGCUUUCGAAAAGACUCGGGGCUUCGAUCCCUCCCGUCUAUUCACCCGACUCGGUCGAGUUGUCGUCGUUCCACGACGAGAUGGCGGCGUUUCACACGACGGAUGGACCGCCGUUCGAGGUUUUGAUGGCGAGGCCGCGGGAGACGGACCCGAGGAUGGUCGCAUUGGAUCCGACCGUGGGGGACGUCAACCGCUGUAGUAUGAGCGUACUGGACGAGCUGAUUGAGUUCGAACUCACGAAGAAUGUCUGA